UCACCCUCUUCAUGAGACUGUCUUGGGAAAACAGUGUCUACAGUCAGAAGCUUUUAAAGAUUUGCUCUACAGACUGCUACAAGAGAUCUUUCCUGCCAUCAGUUAUUUACAAUAACUCUAUGAAGAAAAUGAAUUAAUAUGAGUAACAACAACAUUUAAUUUCCCUUUGGAAUCAAUAAAGCAUUUUUGAAUUUUUAUUCAUAGAUUCCUGUGAUCAGUGUCACUGAUCUUACAACGCCUUUACAAUAAUUUAAGGCAUUAAAAACAAGAUUUAAUGAGUAACCCAUUUUAAAAAAUCCCUCAUGAACAUUGAUUCAGUGUCUCUCGAUACAAGUUAUGCAUUAUGUAAAUUAUAACUUACCUUGUUUUAUUUUUAAACCUUUUUUGGACUUGCCAUGUUCUGGAUGACUGAGAACAAGUAGAUAGAAAUAAAUAUCUGGGCAGUAUUACUUAAACUUAAGGCUCAAAGCACCAGGGUUUUCCUAGAAAAAUAUUCAGAUUUUAUUUCGUGGUUUUAAAGGCUGUACAUUAACGAUGGUAAGAAAGAAAUGCAUGCUGUCUUCUUUUCAAUCUACUGUCAGCUGCUAUGCUCUCUCUCUCCUCUGGUCUCAAUGUGUUAUGAGACAGAUAAUCUGUGGAAAAAUCAAGCUCUUCCGAUCACAGCAGACGCGCGUCCAGAUAUAGUGCAGACGCUGAUCCCGCUGCGCGCGCGCGAUGCUUCGUUAGAACCCUCUCCUCCCUCCCUUCGGUUCUACUACCUCUCCUUGAUUGCAGCAGGAAAAUGAAGCAACACAGAAACAUUUGCAGUUCAUUCGUGAUUCGAGCAGCAGGUUUAGGACGCUGCACGAGAGGCGAACCUCUGAGCUCCGACGCCAUUGGGUGGAGGGAAGCUGGGAUGCGCUUUCUGAGCAGAUUGUCGCCUGGCUGUGUGGACGCCCUCUGAAAAUGGUGUAUAAUAAUAAUCCCGGCGCAGGCAGGCCGCUUCUGCUCCAUGGCGAUGAGUGACGGAAGGGAAAAUUGGGCUUUUUCUUCUUACACCGGACGCUUCUGAGAUGAGGGAUAAAAAGAGGAGGAAGAAGAAAUUGGCGUUUGAUUUUUAGGUUCGGAUUACAGCACAUCGAGAUGGAUUCUAUUUAGGAGUAGGUUUAUAUUAUUAUUAUUGUUAUUAUUAUUUAUGAUUUCCAUUCAAACCCUUUUGGGUGGGGGCGAGCAGGAGCGAUGAUUUGAUGCGGGAGAUACGCAACAUUCAUGGCGAACACAACAGAGUUCGGGGAGAGCAGCGCAUCCUUCCACAGCUAUGCAUCCACGGCCUCUGCGGUCAAGCUGGCCUCCCUGGGGCUCAUCAUGGGCGCGAGUCUGCUGGGCAACGCGUCGCUGUCUCUGCUGCUGCUGAAGGACAGUUCACUGCACAAGGCUCCCUACUACUUCUUGCUGGACCUGUGUCUGGCCGACGUGCUGCGCUCGGCCGUCUGCUUCCCCUUUGUGAUGGCGUCUAUCGGAGCCGGUUCCGAUUGGCCGUAUGGCGCGCUCAGCUGCAAAAUUGUCGCCUUCAUGUCGGUGCUCUUCUGCUUCCACGUCGCCUUCCUGCUCUUCUGCGUCAGCGUCACCCGCUAUAUGGCGAUCGCCCAUCACCGCUUCUACUCCAAGCGCAUGAACCUGUGCACGUGCGUAGCGGUCAUCUGCAUGGUGUGGACCCUCUCCGUGGCCAUGGCCUUCCCGCCAGUGUUCGACGUGGGCACCUACAAGUUCGUGCCCGAGGAGGAGCAGUGCACGUUCGAGCACCGCUACGUCAAGUCCAACGACACUCUGGGCUUCAUGCUGAUGCUCGUGGUCAUCGUGGGCACCACACACGUGGUUUACGUGAAGAUGCUGUGCUUCGUUUACGACCACCGCAAGAUGAAGCCAGCCCAACUGGUGCCGGCCAUCAGCCAAAACUGGACCUUCCAUGGGCCCGGAGCCACUGGGCAAGCUGCAGCCAAUUGGAUCGCUGGCUUCGGGCGUGGGCCGACGCCGCCCACGCUGGUGGGCAUCCGGCAGGCGUCGCACCCUGGCAAUAGGAGGCUGCUGGUGCUGGACGAGUUUAAGACGGAGAAGCGCAUCGGGAAGAUGUACUUCCUGAUCACGCUGGCCUUCCUCGUUCUGUGGGCGCCUUACAUUAGCGCAUGCUACUUGAGGAUAUUCGUGCGCGGGGCUCCCAUCCCGGAGCUCCACCUGACAGCCGCGGUGUGGAUGAGCUUCGCCCAGGCGGGGGCCAACCCCAUCAUCAGCUUCAUGUUCAAUAAGGAGCUGCGGGUUAGACUCAGAGCCUGCUUUUCCUGCUGCCUGGGAACACAGACACCCAUGGAGCCAUACUGCAUCAUAUGAACCCUCUAGGCCCCGCUCCCCAAAUAUACAGCCAAAGACUGACAUUUAUGCACUGUAAAAACUGCUGACUCAAAAUGAACCGGAUGUGUGUAAGUUUGCUCAAACAGGGACCUUGUUUGGGUUAUUUAACCAGCUUACACUGAUAAAAACAAACUGGUAGGGUUUAACUAAUCAAAGUGGUCUGUAUACAUUUUAUUUGGGAAGAUUUUAAUCUAAAGUCUAUAAGUUUCAUACGUAAAAUACAAAUAAAUUUAAUUCUACAAGUUUUGAACAUGCUUAAAAAUUCUCUCAGAUAAAUAAGGUUCAUGUUGGUAAGCUGUCUUUUUACUCCCAAGUUAAAAAGAAAGGGUUUGUAAUUAUGACACCAUGUUAUUAAUAUGAAAUAGGUACAUAACAGGAGUGUGACAACUUUAUGGGAAAACCACAAUUUUUUGUUAAUGUUUACAAAAUGCACUUGAAAGAAUCUGAUCAGUGUAGAAAAGUCCAAUCCAGGUUUGAUAACUCCAGUUAUUUGAGACUUUUGUCAAAAUAGUGGAUUCUAACAGUGAAAAAGUUUGAAAAUGUUUCCUUUUGUUUUUUCACCGAUGUGACAUUUUUACAAAUGUCCAACGGGUCAGGUUCAGAUUUCACCUUUCUACAUAUUUUAGGGCUUUUUCUCACUUAUAUUUUCUUAAGUUUUGUCCAAAUCAGUUGAGUUUCUUUGCUUGUGACUUUCUCCUUUUGUUCAGUUUCUCCGUGAAAGUGAAAAGUGAAAACCAGUCUGAUUAUUGGUCAGUUGUGUCUGAAAUGUAAACACAGGAAGCAUAUUCUGUGUGCUGAGCUUAUAGAGAAUACAGAUAAUUUAAUCCUAUUAGUAGUGUGUUUCUGGGUAUUUCAGAAAAAUCAAGGCCCUGAUUUUUUGGGGGCAGCCCAAAGAUUUUUCUUUUUAAAAAAUACAUGCUUUGCAAACAUUGCACUUGAUACAAAACUCACAAACUGCUACCAGGGGAGUUGUACUAAUGUUUUUGGAGUUUUUAUUAAUAUAAACAAUAUUCACUUGUUUGAAAAGGGGAUUUAGUAGAUUUCUUUGGAAACAGCAUGAAAAUAUUGGCAGGGGAUGUAUUAAACCGACCAUGCAUCAAUCCAAACCUGCUCAUUUGUAGGACUAUGUAUUAAUGUUCUGUAAUUUGCAUUAGUGAAACAAUUUUUCUGUUGUGAAUAGAUCACCAAAACUGGCUCCAGCCCAGGGCCCACAUCCUUGUAAAUCCAGCCCUGUCUACAAAAUAAUUUUGAGAAGACAUCUUGAAAAUUGCAUACAGUUCUAUGCUUUAUGAAAAAAAAAAUGUUUAGCCAAUUUUUAUUACUCUUACACAUCACACACAGUGUGCAGCUCAAACCUGGCUAUGGGAAGCUGUUUGACUCAAAUUUGCAGUGUACACCUGAUAUCCAUGUUGAGAUCGGAUCACAUUCAGACCAUAAAUUAACUGUUCUGGAGUUCAUUUGAAACAGUACUGAGAGCGCCUCCUCUAAAACAGUCCUGGUACGGUUGUUUCAUUGUCAACAACAUGUUCACGUCUACCCAGACAAACUCCACAGGGUGGAAAGAACCAUAGUUUGUCUUAGAUGAAGUUCGUCUUAACUGGUAUGAAAACACCCUUAAAUUUAGAAUCACAAGCACACAAAUUAAGUUCAGGUUCCUUAAAAACCUUUUACUUUUAGGACUAAUAGAAAGCUCUGAAGGAGAUGCUAGUUUUUACAUUGUGAAUUAUUGUUUGCCAGAGUCGGUAUUCUCACAAUUUUUACAAAUCAAUUUUAUUUUGUUUGUCGCUAUAACAAAAUCUGACUGUUUAAGCACGUUGGCUUGAAAUUUGUUUACAUGCAAAAUGGAAGUGGUAAGAGGUAUAAUAUGAAUGAUAGUCACAACAUGUAGGUAAGAAUUAUUAAAUGAAGCAAAUUGUCCCACAGUCCAUGGAUAACAAAAUGAAUAAACAAAACCAAGAAUAUGUCACAAUCUGACCAAAUGAAAUAACAGAAUUAAAAAAUGACAUUAAAAUUUUGCUUCUAUAUACUGACUUGGUUCUCAAUCAAAGUAUGAAUCUUGUACUUAGCUAGCAUUAGCUUGCAGCAACUACUUAGCAGCUAAAAGGUUAAUGUUAGCUUAAGGAAACAAACUAGAUCUCUAGUGCGACACACCAACCACACAGUUGGUUGGUGUGUCAAUAACCCGCCAACCAACUGAAAUUAAUAUUAUUAUACCAUGUAACUUUACCAUCUUAACAUUUUUUAUUUCAUGCUGGAGAUGAAGCUCGGUGACAUCUCAUUAGGUCGUUCAAAAUGUACAAAAUGGUGAAGAAUGAUGCUGUUCAUUCUGCUCUCUUUGCCAACACAAACAGUGGGUUUUUGGAGUUUUUUGCCUGAUGUUUGAUUUUAAAAAACUACUCAAGUUUUGUCCCAGCAGCAUAAAACCAACAUCUGAAUAAUAAAAAAAAUAACCCAGCAGUUCUUGUGUGUGUAGCUUAGCUGUUAUAGAACGUGCUCUCAAUAUGCCCUAAACACAGGAAAGGAUGGACUGUGAAAAUGAUGGGGAAGGCAAACUCACUUUUAGUUUUGAUACAUUUUUAUUUUUGGCCAAACCUUUUACUCAUAUUAAUCCUAAAACGUUUAUUAUACUGUAUACUAACCCUACACUUUAACUUUAAAAUUCAGCUUAGCAAUGAAGGUAGCAACAAAGGACCUGUAUGACGCAACAUUAUGUCGAAGGACACCAUGAGAUAAUUAGAAUUUUCUGCAUGUAGACUAGGUGAUGUUUCAGGACAAGUGUUCCUUGGCUGGAUUUUGAUUUGCUCCACAAUAACACAUGCCACUGUCUUUAGGCUACAUUCUGAAAUGAUUUCCCAUGACUUGAAACAAGUUGGCUCAAUGUUUCAAGUCAUUGAGCCAACUUCUCAAGAGCCUAGGAGAUGCUAACAGUUGUAAUUUAAUGUUAUUUAUUUUUUCUUUUCUGUCCCUUGUGGACUUUGUAAUGUUUUUGAAAAUAGAGGAACAAGCAAUAUUAAUUUUUUCAGCGGUUAAUACAAAUCUACAGAGUUUUUAAGAUAGUUUUAAAAAGUUAUCUGCUACAACUUGAGGGCAGCUCUGUGGCGCCAACUUUGUCAUCCGUGACAGAUUUUAUUUUACAUUUGAAUACCCAACAUAAGAUGUAGAGCUCGUUUUUUUGUGAAUGAAUGCAAUACCAAUAACUGCUGUAAAUACUGUAAAUCCCUGUCACCAUUUUUUUCUAACUUUAUUUCAAGCUGUUAGUUUAAAUAUGUUGUAUAUUCCAUCAUCUAAUCUUUGUGUAGAGCAAAGUUUUCAAACUCGCUUUGAAAAUACUUAGCAAACUCUUUCAUCAGUUGCAUCAAGAGACUGGUUGAUUUACACUGGUUGCAAUCGGACACACACUCCAGUCAGAGUCUCUUUUUCCAUGGAUGUGUCUGGGACUCUGAACAAUUUGGUGCUUUGAAAACAACUUUGCAUUUCCUAGCAAAUAAAUAGAAAAUAUACAAU